GCGCCCAGUCACAGAGCGCGCGAGCUCUGUGCUGCAGGCUGUGGCGACGAGCGCGCGCUGCCAUUCCAGCAGUCACAGUUACAGAGUCUCCCCGGUGCGACGGAACGAAGCGCACGCGGCGACGACCUCCAAAUAUUAACGUUAAAACUCCACCCACCACCACCCCCCCACUCCAAAAACCUACGGCUCCAAACACACCAGCGACCGCAGCCGGGGAAACCGCCGUUUGGGAAAGUGCAGCCGUUAAUGCCACGUCGACUAAAACAAACAAAGUAAAGCUUUUAACAGUUGUUUCUCUCUUUCUUCGGCUCUGUGGGUCUGGACCGCAGUGAACCAUGCUGGACCCGUCCUCCAGCGAAGACACCGGCGGGGAGUCCGACCCAGAAGUUGUUCAGGAGGCUCCGCGGAAACCGGCUGCGUCCUCGUCGGGGAAACGGGGUAACCGUGCGGGAGGCCAGCAGCGGCAGCCCGCCGCACCUGGAGGUGCCCCCGGCAAAGGUGCUAAAGACAGCAACGCCACAGGUGAAGAGGAAGAGAGGAAGGAGCGCGAGCGGAUCCAGAAGGAGGAAGAGGAGAGGAAAAUUAAACUGCAGAUUUAUGUGUUCGUCCUGCGGUGCAUAGCCUACCCGUUCAACGCCAAGCAGCCCACCGACAUGGCCCGGCGGCAGCAGAAGGUGAACAAGCAGCAGCUGCAAGCGGUGAAGGAGCGUUUCUUGGCUUUUCUCAACGGGGAAACUCAGAUUGUGGCAGAUGAAGCUUUCUGCAACGCUGUGAGGAGCUACUAUGAGGGCUUCCUGAAGAGCGAGCGUGUUUCCCGGAUGGUUCAGAGCGGCGGCUGCUCAGCCAACGACUUUCGCGAAGUCUUCAAGAAGAACAUCGAGCGGCGUGUCCGAAGCCUCCCAGAAAUCGACGGCCUUAGCAAAGAGACUGUACUGAGCUCCUGGAUCGCCAAGUAUGAUUCUAUCUACAGGGGGGAUGACGACACGAGGCGCCAGCCACAGCGAGCGCACCUGAGCGCCGUGUCGGAGCUAAUCCUCAGUAAGGAGCAGCUGUACGAGAUGUUCCAGCAGAUCCUCGGCAUCCGCAAGUUUGAGCACCAGCUGCUGUACAACGCCUGCCAGCUAGACAACGUGGAUGAGCAGGCGGCUCAGAUCCGCAGAGAGCUGGACGGAAGGUUACAGCUGGCUGAGAGGAUUUCAAGGGAGAAGAGAAACCCAAAGUUCGUCUCUGCUGACAUGGAGCCUCUUUACGUGGAGGAGCUUCGUUCGUCGGUCAACCUGCUCAUGGCGAACCUGGAGAGUCUGCCGGUGUCCAAAGGAGGUCCGGACUUUAAACAGAAGCUCAAACGCUCCUCCAUGAACAACUCCUUCCUGGAUAUGGGGGACGAGGGAGACAUCCUGUCCAAGUCUGACGUUGUGCUGUCCUUCACUCUGGAGAUUGUGAUCGUGGAGGUCCAGGGUCUGAGGUCCGUUGCUCCAAACCGGAUCGUUUACUGCACCAUGGAGGUGGAGGGAGGGGAAAAGCUGCAGACAGAUCAAGCUGAGGCUUCCAGACCACAGUGGGGGACUCAGGGGGACUUCACCACGACUCACCCUCUCCCCUCAGUCAAAGUGAAGCUAUUCACCGAGAGCACCGGGGUCCUGGCUCUGGAGGACAAGGAACUGGGCCGGGUGGUCCUGAAUCCAACCACGAACGGGCCAAAGCAGGCUGAGUUCCACCGGAUGGUCGUCCCCAAGAACAGCCAGGACACAGAGCUGAAGAUCAAACUGGCCGUCCGCAUGGACAAACCCCCCAACAUGAAACACAGCGGGCACCUGUACGCUGUGGGCCAGAGAGUCUGGAAACGGUGGAAAAAAAGAUAUUUUGUUCUUGUUCAGGUGAGUCAGUACACGUUUGCCAUGUGCAGCUACAGAGAGAAGAAAGCCGAGCCUCAGGAGCUGAUGCAGCUGGAGGGCUACACGGUGGACUACUGCGACCCCCAGACAGGCCUGCAGGGUGGCCGGGUGUUUUUUAACGCGGUGAAGGAGGGCGACCUAGUGAUGUUUGCCUGUGAUGACGAGCAGGACCGGAUGCUGUGGGUCCAGGCCAUGUACCGAGCCACCGGACAGUCCUACAAACCGAUCCCACCGACGCAGAACAAAACCACAAACUGCAGAGGAGGAAUCCAGAAACCAGCAUCCCCCAUCAGUCUGGAUCCAUCUCAGCGUCAGGGGGUGGAGGAGUUGAUCUCUGCACCUCCGUGUCGCUUUGACCACGCCGCCCUGUUCACCAUUUUACAGAAGAACACUCUGCAGCACCGCAUGAACGACUCCUUCUCCUGCCUGGGUUGGUUCAGUCCUGGUCAGGUGUUUGUCCUGGAUGAGUACUGCGCUCGGUACGGUGUCCGAGGCUGCCACCGUCACCUGAGCUACCUGAAGGAUCUGAUGGAUUAUUCGGAGAACAGUGUUCUGGUCGACCCAACACUUCUGCACUAUAGCUAUGCCUUCUGCGCCUCCCACGUCCAUGGAAACAGGCCCGAUGGGAUGGGGACGGUGACCGUGGAGGAACAAGAGCACUUUGAGGCCAUCAGGAGUCGCCUCAUGACUCUGCUGGAAAACAAGAUCACACAUUUUAGGUACUGCUUUCCCUUUGGACGACCAGAUGGGGCCCUGAAGGCAACGCUCUCUCUACAGGAACGGGUUUUGAUGAAGGACAUCACCACACCUGUUCCCCCUGAUGAGAUGAAGAACUUAGUGCAGAAGUGUCUGGAAAAAGCAGCUGGAAUCAACUACAGUCAGCUGAUCGAAUUUGCUCAAAUCCACGUGGAUGCUCAGACAACUCCGGAGAAAAGGCUAGAGGACAUGAUGCGCCUGGGAGAGCUUUGCAUCGAAGUCCUGCAGCAGAACGACGAACAUCACUCCGAGGCUUUCUCCUGGUGGCCGGAGCUGAUGACUGACCAUGCAGAGAAAUUUUUGUCUCUGUACAGAGCCGACAUGGAUGCCGCGCUGCAGGUCCAGCCUGUCGACUCCUGGGACAGCUUCCCAUUAUUCCAGCUCCUCAACAACUUCCUGCGAGCUGACCCUCACUUGUGCAAUGGGGCAUUCCACAAACACUUGCAGGACCUGUUCGUCCCCCUGGUGGUGCGCUACAUCGACCUGAUGGAGUCAUCCAUCGCCCAGUCCAUCCACCGCGGCUUCGAGCAGGAGACCUGGCAGUCUGUCAAGUCGUUAACUAACAAUCUUGCAAGCGUUCCUCUUCCCAAAGUCCCCAGCCUUCCUCUCACGCUGCCACAGAUGCCCAGCUUCUCUGCGCCCGCCUGGAUGGGACCGCUGUGUGAGAACACUAACGGCUCUGCCACCUCAGAGGAUUUGUUCUGGAAGCUGGAUGCUCUGCAGAUGUUCGUGCUGGACCUCCACUGGCCGGAGCCUGAGUUCGCCAAACAUCUGGAGCAGAGACUCAAACUGAUGGCCAGCGACAUGAUGGAGGCCUGCGUCAAGAGAACAAAAUCAGCAUUUGAUGCCAAAAUGCAGAAAGCAAGUAAGUCAACGGACUUCCGGGUGCCGCUGUCUGUCUGUACCAUGUUCAACAUGCUGAUGGAUGCCAAGAAACAGUGCUCCAAACUCUGCGUGCUGGACACCGGUCAGGAGAUUGACAAACAAUGGCAACAGUACCACUCCAAAAUCGAUGUUCUGAUUGACGAGGCGUUCAAAGACAUGAUUUCCUCCCUCGUCUCGAAGUUUGCCGCUGUUUUAGACUGCGUCCUCUCCAAGCUCUCGAGAUACGACGAAGGGACAUUCUUCUCUUCAAUCCUCUCUUUCACAGUGAAAGCAGCUGCCAAAUAUGUGGAAGUCCCUAAACCAGGGAUGGAUCUGGCCGACACCUACAUAACCUUCGUACGGCAGAACCAGGACAUCCUGCGAGACCGCGUCAACGACGAGCUAUACGUCGAGAAGGUGUUUGAUCAAUGGUACACCGGCUCCACGAAAGCGGUGUGUGUUUGGCUGACAGACAGACUGGACCUGCAGCUUCACAUGUACCAGCUGAAAACACUGAUCAAGAUUGUGAAGAAGACCUACCGUGACUUCAGGCUGCAGGGCGUCCUGGACGGCACACUGAACAACAAGAGCUACGAGACCAUCUACAACCGACUGACAGUGGAGGAAGCCUCAGCUGCAGUGAAGGCGGGCGACGGCCUGCAGGGUAUCAGCAUGAGAGACAGCGAUGAGGAGGACGAUUAAACACACACUUAUCAUACCUAUACACACCCUGUUACUACUGAUUUUCAUCCUCUCUAACAGAUCAGGACGUUCCAUCGCAGUUAAUGAUAUGUGUCCUCCACUGAGCUCUUCACUGAGCAGUUCUCACUAUAAACUGAAACUACAGCCAACAAAUUUAAUUUUAUAAAAAGAUGGCUGAAAAUGACAAGAAAAAGAUCGCUGCUGGACAAAAUCUACACAUGUUCUUGACUCAGUGAGCGCAAAAUAGAAACUAAAUGUAAGCUGGAGCAACGGUUGACUAAUAUAAUUGAACAGAACAGAAAUGGAUACCUACCUGGGCAAAAUAGCUUCGCUGUUAUCAGCAACAGAACAAGUUGUGAAUGCAUUUUCUUUACUGAACUCUGCUUAUUUUUUCUCAAUAAAUGCAAAAACUGAGAUUACAACUGAAACUACAAUAGUAAACAAUCAGUAAAUCUAUCUUAUGAUAAGAAAAGGGCAAAAACAGCAAGCCAAGAUGUGCUAAUGUUAGCUAGCGAGUCAUGUUGUUAACGCAUUCUGUUAAAAUCACCUUCAUUCAGGCAUUCAAGAAUGAAAAUGUAGAUUUUGUUUUAAAAGGGGGUAAAAAAUGUGAUAAAGAUCCACAAGUCCAAACACCGUUACUGUGAAUUUAACAUUACGUAUGCUUGCUAACAUUUUCUUAAUAGCUAACAUUAUCUUACUAGCUAACAGGCAAUAUAUUAAUUCAGACAGCUGUUUCUACAGAAAUACAGCUAGUUCAUGAUGAACAAAGGUGUGAUAUAAUACACAUAUAUAUUACACAUUAUUGUUAUCGUCACUUAUUACAGUAAUAAUAGAAAUAAUAGAAAAUAUAUAUAUAGUGUAGUCCAGCCGUUAUGUAGCUUUCUUGGCCAACCAUGAAGAUAACUCCACUCAGACACGUACAGUUUGUUCAACAAGAUAAUCUUAACGAAUUAAAGGACAAGGUUGGUUUUGUUCUAUAAUUUGUAUUGUCAACAAAUCCCAUGAAAAUACCAAAAACGAACAAUGCUGUAGUCUGUUUUUCGGUACUUUCCAGGUUCCCUACCGUGUGAUGAAAAGGUGAAACCUUUUUAAGUUUUAGAGCCUAAACAAUAUUUUCUCGAUUGAAAAUCUUUCGGGGGAUAAAACAUUCAACUUUAAUAUUUUAGGAUUAAACAAUGUCACACUCUGUUGCUCUUCUCCUCCUAUGAUGUUAUGCAUGCAGAGUGCAGUUGCACAUGUGCAGUAGAGGCUACAUAUCAUUCAUCUUGAGUGAAGGUCCUGAUCAGGUAAGAGCAAACGCUCAGGUAGUGACCCCCUCCCCACCCGACCGCCCACCUUUUACCAAACCUGUCACAUGCUCAUUAUCCUGGACUUUGCUGUACAUGCGUGUUGAAAUGUACACGAGUGAGAAUGUACGACAAACAGGAAGUCAAGGUGAGGCGAGGCAUCUGAAGGACACGGUGCUGACACAAACCUCGUCCUCCCUCUCUCACCUGCAGGACAGGAAGCCCCGCCCUUUUCGACGUGCAGCCAUACUCUAAUUGAUGUCAUUUUGUAUAGUAGAGCUCUGCGAUCGCUGUCAGUGCUGCUCCUUCCUGUUUUGUUGUAGCUUAUUGUUCAAAACAAAGUCUGACCAACCUCGCCGCCAUUGACAUCAUUUUCUUGACAGCAACAGCAGCCAGCUCAGCUGAACAAAAUUUGUUUUAUUUGACAGAAAGCUUGGAAUUGUAGGGUUCUAUUUGACUGUUCUAUUAAAACGUUAUUUACUGACAUCUUUGAAUGUUACUUUAUACUAUUGUGGUUUUAGUUUUGUUUAUAAACCUAUUUUAUUGAGUCAAAAGUCCUGCUAGCAUCCACUAAAUGCUGAAACAUCAUUAAUAGUUGUCACCAGUAAAACAACAACAUUGGUUGUUUGUUUAAACACUUAAGUCAGCCUAUGUUCACAUUUUCUUGACACGCGACCUCUUGCGGUUGUGCAAAUAAUGACAAGCAAAAGCAGAAGUAGCGUGACAUUGUUCUAGCACCCAAAAACUUGGGAUGGAUUAUUGGGUCAACUAAGCAUCUGACUAUGACACAGGAGACAGCUGUUCACAUCUUUGACUUUUCAAAACAAACGUUGACAAACAAUCUGAUGUUUCUCCCUGUUAACCAUGACCACAGUCUUUCUCUAACCUUAACCCAGUAGCUUUAAUUUAAGCUCACCAUAACCUUAAAGGUGUCAGAUCAGAAAACACUCAUAUGAGUCAUUUUAUUAGGCAGGGUUUGUUGUUGAGGUCGAAGGACUGCUCAAGGACCACCGCAAUAUGCUACUGAAUAAGCUGUUCUUUGAGCUUCACCAUGUCAUUGUCCUGAGUGUGGCCCUGCAAGAACGGUUGUGGGAUACGUAAAAUCUAAAGAGUUCUUCUUCUUUUGGGAAGCAAGAAUGUGCCCAGGAAAUUGCUUUGGGCGUACAGGUCACCAUUAUUUGGCCCUAUAGCUGAAAUUAUAGCAAUCCACGACACACAAUUUACUUCCAGUGCCAAAGUUUUUUCACUAAUCUGUCUUUAUGUAUUGAGGCAGAAAGUAAGGUUAGGAUGUUAAAUGGGUAUGUAGCACAUUCGGCUAUUAUGCUGGUCACUGAUUUGCAUCCCAUCACAGAACAAAUUUAUGUUAGCUCCUGUUAACCACCACCACGAUCUUUACCUAAAAAGUGUUUCAGUUGCUUAAACUCUCCCAAAUCUUAAAGGAUAAUUAUGGUUUUAUUACAGUUUGGGUCUUCUUAGUUUUAUACAUCAAUUAUCAGCAAUAUUAACACUGUACUCACCAAGCUGACAUCUGGGAUCACGUUGACAUCUCUAAAAAGAAGUCAAAGAAGGUCCAGAAACACGAGCAGUCAGAAGAUCAAUCAGGUUGAAAAAUAAACCAACAAUUUAGCUAGUUUAUCAAAACCAAACUAAAAGUGUGUGCACCUGAAAAGUUGGUAAGAAAACGUCAUUGCAGACAACAACGUUUAGUACAGCAGGUUAAAGUUGAAGCAGGAAGUGGGUCUGUUAACUGUGGUGGAUGUUUAAAGUGCUUGAUAAAAAAAUUACUGUCCACCUUCAUUUACCAUUCAAAGUAAGUUUGUCUAACCUGGGGGUUUGUUUCCAACAAUCCAAUAUCUUUGAAAUGGAAAUAGACCCAAGUUUUAUGUUAUUGAACUUGACCCUUAACCAUAACCACACUUUCUAGUGUUCUUUCCAUUAUUACCAUACAGCAUUUGCAAUGCACAGAUAUAGUAAAAGCAACAAUUAAACAUUAGCGUUUAAUGCUCAGAUGCUUCAUCGCAGAAUGUAAUCCAGGGUUUUGCAGAACCUGCCAAAAGUACUGAAGAGCUUAAGGUUUGAUGUUUGUUUGGUGUCUCACAUUUGUAGUAGAACUCUUACAACUCCAAGCUAAUGAGAGGUUGCUGUGCUGCUGUAGUUUCUGAAUCCGAACCUUCUGUAACUCAAACUGUCCCCACUGUUAAACAACAACCAGUGGCCUCAGGUGGUAAAAUUUUUCUACUCUGGUUGUCCACUGCAAAAUUAAAUAGCCCUGAAACAGGCUUCUAGGUUCUUUGAAAAGGUAAAACAAAUCAACGCAGGUCCAUACAAAAACGCAGAGUCAGAUUGGGCAGUAGUUGUUCAGAAUACCGACUACAUGCUGAUGUAGUUGUAGAUCUGCUGUCAUCUCUGUUCAUUGUGAUAGUUACUGUUGUGAAGAAUUAUGUUGAGCUGUAGAGUGAUAUGGUCGUACUGCCUGAUGUGCAUCAUAUCCAACAUCGAUCAAAGUCUUAGAAACGUGCCAAUGAACUGGAAAACUCUGGACUAUUUUUGUUUUUUUUGUUUUUUUUAACGGGACCGUCCUAUCUGUUUUUAAUCUGAUUGAUGGGUUUAAUCGGAUCAGCUGUGAGUGGACGAAGCGCCCCGUCACUGCUGUAAUUCAUUGGCUGCCGUCUGUUUGUGUGGUGGUGUUGUUGAGAAAAAAAAAGUUUACCUGUAAAUUCAGUGUAGGCCCUCCGAUCGACUGUGUGCAACAACCUGCCGUUUGUUUUAACUGUCCAAUCCAGUUUGUGUCAGUGCAGUUCAAAGGACAGAAACUAAAGGACAAAAACCUAUAUUAAGAUGUAUAUUUAUAUUGUCUUACUGUGCACCUGUUUUGUUCAGGUGUCUUAUCUAAGUGUCACUAUUAAAAAGUGUUUUUAAAGCA